UGAGCUGAUUUUACUUUUAACUUGUAUUAGCUGACAGCAGGUUGUGUCUGACUUAACUGAAGAUGGUCUUCCCAAUAUCUCCAGCCACUGUCCCCUAUAUGCUCUGCAUCGUUGUCCUAACAGCUGCUAAAACUCAGCCCAAAGUACAUGACCUAUAUGGGGAGACGGGGACAUCAGUGAUCAUUCCAGGAGUGAAUCUCAGCAAUAAAACAUACCAUGAGCUAAAAAGGAUGAAUGGGAACCCUGACUGGGUGGUUCAGUACCACGCAGGAACACUUCUGCAUGUUAAGUACGAAAACCGUGGAUUUCUUUUCCCCAACGGCUCCUUCAAGCUUGAAAAUGUGACGAAGGCAGACAGUGGGACCUAUGUACAUCUGGUGAAUCAUGAGAUUAGAAUUACGACUAAGAUCACUGUGAUUGACCCAGUGGAGCAGCCUGUCCUGCAGAUGGAGUACGUGGGUGGUGAAACCUGCCAGUUAGGACUUCAUUGCAUUGGAUCUGGAGGCGGUGUAGCUUUUUUUAAAAACGGGGUAAAAAUAAAUGAGAAUAUAAUGGAGAAAGGGAAUGUCUUAUUGGUUCAACAAAGGCAGCACCAAUCCUCUGGCUCUUAUACUUGUGAGCUGAGAAAUGAAGUCAGCCAAAAGACCUCCUCUGCGGUUCAAUUUCAGCCUCAAGCAUUCACUUUCCACUGCUUUUGUGUUUGUGUCACCAUUGGGACCCUGCUAAUGCUGUGGAUGAUCCUCUUGUGUCGUGUGUUUGCUUGCUAUGAAAACAUGGGAAAAAAACAGGAGAAUGAGGACUCCUUAAGUAGAGUUUCAACAGAGAACCAAAACGGAGAUGUGAUAAGUGAAGCCAUCGUACCCACGGACUUAUAUCUGGGGAUCUUCAGCAUGUGUGGAGCAUUCUUUAGUUCCGUCUACGUUUAUGAACAGACAAACCCAUGGAUGUUACUGUUUUCUGCCCUUUUCAUAAUUUCACUAAUCGUUAAGAUUAUCUAUUGGAUAUCUUCUGCUUGGGCAAGAUGCCCAAAGAUUGGAGACUACAUUCUACAGAUUACAGAGUUUGUUGCCGCUGGAAUCUGUAUCUUCGCCUUGUAUCUUUUUCUUUAUAAAGACAUUUGUAUGAAGAUACUAUUUAAACAAGGCUGGAUAUGGAUUUCCUCCCUAGUCCCUGUUUUCAUCACCAUUGCAUUGUAUCUGAUCUCAUUUUUCUAUCUAAAAGCCAAAUCAAGGGAAAAUGUGUCAUCUGAUGAGGUUAGAUUCCGAAACCUACCAUCUGAAGAUGACCCUGCAAAAUGUGACAUGAAUGAGACAGUAGACAAUGAUCUCACUGCAUGCAAAGAUGAUAAUGGCUUGGAUAAGGAAUGCGUUGGUUUUAGUAAAGAAAAUACUUAUUCUAAAGACAAGGAGGUCAGUGAAGAAAUGAAACCGUGCUCUGAGGAAACUCCUUUCUGCAAGACUGAAAGUCCACAAGAGAUCACUAACACAGGACAAUCUAUUGGAAUUGAUGGAGGUCAAGAUGGGACUUUCCACGCUGGUGAUUUCAGAGAAGUAGGACAGAGGUCUGCUGGAGACUCUGUGGCAAACGGGUGAUAUUUAAAAAAAACAAACUGUAGUGAUUAUUUUCAGGUCUUAAAUACAGUAUGGAAAUCAUAUACUGCAUGCUGUUAAUGGUUCCCUCUCAUGCCAGAUCUAUAAAGUCAUUUGACACAAAAAAGUAAAUAAAAUAGAACAUUGGUGGGUCAGGCAUGGGUCAAUAUGGCUGAAGUUGCAG